AUGUUAAGUUUUGCAAUCAAAAAAACCAAUUUCUUUGGCUUAAUCCGUAGUAGCGGUAUUUUAAGUCGUUCAAUUUAUACAAGCAGAGAUAUCAAUGGUUUUGACGAAACCUUAUUACAAUUACAAGAAACUGUUAGGGAAUUUGCACAAAACGAAUUAGCCCCAAUGGCUGCAGAUGUCGAUAAAAAGAAUGCUUUCCCAAUGGAAAUGUGGAAGAAAAUGGGUGAUUUAGGUCUUUUAGGUAUUACUGCCCCAUCAAAAUACGGUGGUUUAGAUUUAGGUUACACUGCACAUUGCAUUGCUAUGGAAGAAUUAUCAAGAGCUUCAGCUUCAGUUGCUCUUUCAUAUGGUGCCCACAGUAAUCUUUGUAUUAAUCAAAUUACAAGAAAUGCCAACGAAGCCCAAAAAGAAAAAUAUUUACCAAAAUUAAUCACUGGUGAUUUUGUUGGUGCUUUAGCUAUGUCUGAACCAAACGCCGGUUCAGAUGUCGUUUCAAUGAAAACCAAUGCCAAGAAAACAAAUGGUGGUUGGGUUUUAAAUGGUAGCAAGAUGUGGAUUACUAAUGGCCCAGAUGCCGAUGUUUUAGUUGUUUAUGCUAAAACUGAUAUUAAUGCUGGUAGCAAAGGUAUUACUGCCUUUUUAAUUGAAAAAGGUAUGAAGGGUUUCUCAACUGGUCAAAAAUUAGAUAAAUUAGGUAUGAGAGGUUCAAAUACUUGUGAAUUAAUUUUUGAAGAUUGUUUUGUUCCAGACGAAAAUGUUAUUGGUCAAGUUGGUAGUGGUGUCAAGGUUUUAAUGAGCGGUUUAGAUUAUGAACGUUUAGUUCUUUCAGCCGGUCCAUUAGGUAUUAUGCAAGCUUGUUUAGAUAACGUUAUCCCAUACAUUCACCAACGUGAACAAUUUGGUAAACCAAUUGGUGAAUUCCAAUUAAUGCAAGGUAAAGUCGCCGAUAUGUACACUAUUUUAAAUGCUUCACGUUCAUAUGUUUACUCUGUUGCUAAAUCUGCCGAUAAUGGUUACACUUCACGUAAAGAUUGUGCCGCUGUCAUUUUAUAUACCGCUGAAAAUGCUACUCAAAUGGCUCUUCAAGCUAUCCAAACAUUAGGUGGUAAUGGUUACAUUAAUGAAUUCCCAACUGGUCGUCUUUUAAGAGAUGCUAAACUCUACGAAAUUGGUGCUGGUACAAGUGAAAUUAGAAGAAUGUUAAUUGGUAGAGAACUUUUCAUGGAAACUAAAUAA